AUGUUCACAUACAGCCCUCUGAGCCGCGAAAAGCGCGAGACUCGUGUCUUCCGAUACAGUCCCGCCUGCCAGUCGACCCCCGACAGUAUCAGUCUUGAACUUCGCCACGCCUCUCUUGACGAUGACGCCCUCCAAUAUCGUGCGCUGUCCUACGUUUGGGGAGAUACAAAGGAUAAAGACGAUAUCGAGGUCAACGGCGAACAGUUUUCUGUCGGCGAGAACCUGCAUGCGCUUCUCCAAAUGCUUCAGCAUCACGGCGUGGAAUCCUGGCUCUGGGCCGACGCCAUAUGCAUCCAACAAUCCGAUGAUGAUGAAAAGAGCUGGCAUGUCCAGAGCAUGUGUGACAUCUUCAAGAAUGCCGAGUUGGUCUAUUCCUGGUUGGGUCCUGGUUCUGAGGCUACCGAUGUUGCUAUGGAGUUCUUUGCGGACUGGGGCCCUCGUGCGUUGGAGGUUGGAGUGAUGGAGAAGUUGUGGCCUACAGAUAUCCCCAUGGAUGGCUCAUUCAGUUCACGCCUCACAGCAUCCCUUAAUUUGCACAAACUCGAACGGUACUUUCUCCCGGAACCGUACUGGCACCGGAUAUGGAUAUUUCAGGAAGUGGCCUUGGCCCGGGAAGUACUUCUUAUCUGUGGCGGAAAGCUCACACCAAUUUCAUACUUCGAAGCGGUGCUAGAAGCCCUCUGGAAAUUUCGUGGUGGACUUCUCACCCCGUUCUGGGACAAAUGCCCACUACGGCGCGGGUUCUGUGAGCGGUUCCCUUCCCAUCUUUAUCCAAACAAGGCUAUGCUCAUUCGUCAAUUACUCUGCCGCGGAACGAAACUGAGCUUGGGCAACAUUCUUGUGGCUUUCUCCAACCAAACCGAACGUCCAUGGUAUCAGGCGACUGACCCACGCGAUAUCGUCUACGGUAUACUCGGCCUCCUUUCCAACGAUGACCGUCGUCCGUUUGGCCAUGUCGACUACAAAAACAUGACAUGGGUUGAUCUAUUUACUCAGGCCACGCGAUCUUUGAUUAAGGCGUCUCUCACCUCAUCGUUGUUUGCUGACGAUGUACUGUAUAAUAUCGGACAUUGUCUGCCCCGUCCAAGAGACCAACCAAGCGAGUUACCAAGCUGGGUCCCCGACUGGCGGGAUGUAGGUGUGAAUGGGCUGCCGCAAAGCUUAGUAGCCAUGCGUCUCGCAUACCUCGACGCCAGCGAUAGCCGCAUGGAGAGCUCUUACCAUAUAUUCUGGGGACAUGGGAAUUCGUCGGCCAUCCAGUUGCCCGGGUAUCGCGUUGAUUUUGUCACCGACGUAAUGGCCUAUGACUACCAGGCUGAGAAUGCUCUUGAAAAGGAUCGACCAAGCGACUGGCUGGCACACAUUCGUGAAUUUACGGGGUUGCCAGUGAGCUCAGAUACUUGGAACUUGGAGGGAGAAGACUACGUCUGGCGCUUGGUGAUGGAUAGCCGCAACGCAAAUUUUCUCGGACUAUGGCUGAAGGAACCCAAGUACAAGACAGAGGCUGCUUGCUUUAUCCGCAGGCUCAUGCGCCAGGAUUACCCGGAUCCUGAGUCACUCCCAGACUUUCUGGUCGAGUACAUACAAAGAUCCGGAGAGUUGAAGGCAUUAUCGAAAAUCAGGAGCUCGAAACGCACCUUGAAAAGGAAAUUAUCCAACCCGGAUGAUGAUACUUGCCGUGGUGCGACUACAAUUACCGACGGGAAGGCGCAGACGAAAAGUGAAUCAGUUGAUCCGGAGUGUGUAACGGAUAGCAUCAGCGAAAGCGACUUGAGAUCCUUCAUGGACGCGAAAAUAAGAGCGUUAUUUCGCCGUUCAAGGUCAAAGAAUUCCACGUUAUUCAAGACGACUAAAGGAAUGCUGGGCAACGGGAUUGGGGAUGUUAGACCUGGAGACAUUGUGGUAAUUCUGCAAAACGCACACACCCCCUUUAUCCUGCGUCCACGCCCGCAAGACGGGGAUGAGAUUGCGACCGACCGCGGAGGCAGUGGAAGCACCUUCACCUUCGGGGGAGAGGCAUGGUUUUUUACCACAAAGAUAUCAGGUGCCAGCUUCAUGCUUGUGCUUUACGCUUUCAAUGCGACAAACAACAGAAUUGUGAGUAACGGAACAACCAGGACAGAAAAUGUCAGGUUAAAGGAAGGAUUCUCCAAAGACCAGACAUCAUCAAGUAAGUCAAUGAGGCAGCCGCCUCCAUGA